CUCUCAAAGCUCAACUUACACUUCCAACUCACAGAAAAAGAAGGAAAAAAAAACUAUGGAAUAUGCAGAAAUUCGUCAUUCAUGUGACAAUGCAGAAGAAGAUUACAUAGAUAUGGAAUUAAGUUCACAUUCCAAUAUAUUUUCACAAUUCAAAAACUCCCCAUCUCAAGCUAGAGAAUUUGAGUUCCAAAUGUUACCAAAUUCAAUAGAUAAAGACACAACAACUUCACCAGCUGAUGAACUAUUCCACAAUGGUAAACUUCUCCCUCUUCAUCUCCCUUUUGGUACACAACAAAUGGUUGAAAAACUUCUUCAAAAUCCCAAUAAAUCAGUUCAUUUAACUAGAAAAAAUGAUAUUUUUCAAGAGUCUUCAUUUAGUACACCUUUAUUCACAACUACUACUAAUACUCCUACAAAUAAUACACCAUUUGAAUCUUGCAAUAUUUCUCCCUCUGAUUCCUGUCAAGUUAGUCGGGAACUCAAUCCGGACGAAUACAUGUUCGAAUACUCAACAGAAGAUCAAGCUACUAGCUUCAAUCCAGUAGAUGAAAGUUCAAAAAGGUCCUGGACGCGAAAACUCAAGCUGAUUAAAAAUUCCUCGUUUGGUUCAAAACUUAAAUCCUCUCGCGCUUAUGUCAAGUCCUUCUUUUCCAAAUCUGGUUGUUCAAAUGAGUACUCAGCAAACUUUGACAAAGGGUCUGUACCAAUGGCUAAAGAAGCAAAAAAAGAGCCAUUUGGGCAAAUUCAGAGAAGUGCAUAUUCAAAAGGAAUGAACAAAGAAAAUGUUGUUGAUCAAGAUCACAGAGGUAGACAUAGAAGAUCAUUUUCAGGAGCUAUUAAAAGAUUUUCAACAGCUAAAUCUUCUUCUUCAUUUACGUCGUCUUCUGGUUCCUCCUCAGCUUCAAGUUCAAACAAUUCAAAUGAAUUUCAAGAUAUGCAUUUCUUUAAGAGAAGCAGUAGUGCAUAUUCAGAAAUAGAGAAUUCAAUUCAAGCAGCAAUUGCUCAUUGCAAAAAUUCUCAACAGCAGUUUCAUUCAAGAAAGACAAUAAGUGAUAUUGGAGUUUGUUCAUUGUCAGCUUCUAAGGUAAUUAGUGAAGAACAAGAAAGGCCUGGACUCUGUAGGGGAUAAACUUUUCCUUUUUUUUUUUUUUUUUUUUUUUUUUUUUUUUUUUUUUUUUGUGUGUGUGGUUAUUUCCUCAUUUACUGGGAAGUUUAGUGGCAGAAGUAGACAAUGAACAAAGUUAUCUUAUUACAUGUGGUUUUUUCCUUCACAAAUUUUGUGUAAUAAGCCUUCAUAUAGUUUAGCAAUUCUCAAAAUGUGGCAUAAAUGGCUAGUAUUUUAAAAGCACAACUCAUUCUUGCAAUUA